AUUAAACAUCAGAAGAAGAAGAAGAGACGCAGUUGUUUGUACCUGUCCAGGUAUACUUUUGCAACGUAUUUGAAGACUAAAGCAUGCAGUGCAAAUGGACAGAAUUGUAUGUCCUCGUUUUUUUAUUUGUACUUUCACCUCUCUCUGCGUCAGAUGGUUCUCACUCUUUGUGGUUAUUUCCAACAUACAUUCAGGGAAAAACACAAUUUCCUCAAUUUAGUUGCACAACAUCUUUGGAUGACAUCACAGUUGGAUAUUAUAAUUCAACAACAUAUAUUCCAAGAGGCAAUACGACAAAUGAGGAUGAUGUGAUUGAUUUAGAUAAAAUAAAGGGUAUAAGUGACUACAUGUAUAACUCCUUUUUGAGAAGAUCAUAUCUCUUAGGGCAAGACAGCCAAAAUGACAAUCUUGAAGUUUAUCAGACACUGGUUCUCUGUGAGCUGCUAGACCUCGACAAGCCUGGACAGAUGAUUAUCAGAGAUGCAGCCAGAGGCUCCACCACAGAUGAGCUGCGUUACUUUAACAACACAUUUACUUAUAAAGUGUUUACACAAAAUGAGCUCAAACCUCAUCUAGAAGAAUUUAAGCAGGAAGUUGCAAAUACCUUUUACCCAGUUUGUAUAACAACUCUCAAGAAUUACCUCAAAAAGAGAGAUCAUCAAAUAAAUAGAAAAGUGAAACCGCGAGUCAGACUCAUUCAGAAAGCAAACUCAGAUUCUGGAGAGUUUCGUGUGAGUUGUUUGGCGACAGGAUUUUACCCUCGUCACAUCAACCUGACCCUGUUCAGAGAUGGACAGCCUGUAUCUGAUCAUGAGAUCACUGGAGGAGAUCUGCUGCCCAAUGGUGACGGGACGUACCAGAUGAGGAAGAGUCUGGAGAUCAGUGCAGACAAACACAAAUACACCUGCUCUGCCACACACCUCAGUCUGGACAACAAACUGGACGUCACUUUGGAAUUUGAUCCUGGUGAACCAUUUAAAUCAGUGAUUCUCCCAGUGCUGAUAGUUUUGGCUCUGAUGUUGGUGUUUGGGGCUGGAGCCAUCAUAUAUAAAUGCAGGAGGAGACGAGCAGGUGUGACACGAACCAAACAAAAUGGUGAAUCAUCCGUGCCUUCAUCAAACUGUGUUUAUUCUGCUGCUUCUAAAUCUGAAGAAAACAUGUAAACAACUUAAAUGAAAGAAAUGUGUUCAGACUGUCAUUAACGUUAGACAGUACGGCAGUCGAGACGUGUUAAAGACGGUACAUGCAAGAAGACGGAAGACUCUUCUGGAGUUAUGUCAUCAAUACGUGACCUGUUCAGUGAUGUGAGCUGCAUUUACAUGCCGGAUAAAAAUGGUGGCUAGCAAGAAAACAAUCUAGCGUUAAUUUUGUCUUUUCUUGAAGAGAAAAUGAAGAAAAACGAAGAGAUGUGUAUUUGCAGCAAGUGGUGGUUUGUUGUGUCAUAAAUCGCAUCAUCAGGUGCACUCCUAUUGGUCAAAAAUUCUAACACUGACAGAAUUUCGUUGGAGGUAAUAGUGAAUAGUAUAGUAAAAUAGAAUAGAAUAGUAAAAGUGGUCAUUAAUUGGCUGUUGGCAAACAUGUGGAGAUCAGAGUCUUCAGAUUUAGGCCCAGGACCAAAGGAAUCUUUUAUGAUUCUCAAAAUUUGUCUCGGACGGCUAAAUCAUGGCCGAAAUCGUACAGUGUUAACCCGGCUUUAAUACAUAUGUACCACGCAGAUAUCUUCUCGUUGUUUGGUCUAUGAGACUUGAAGCCGCCUUCACCUGCAAGCAGCUGGAAUUCGCCGCUGAUCAACUCGCCGCUCUGCAGCAGUUUGGUCAGCUUGCCUCUCCGCUGCUCGGCGCUCUCUAGCAGCCGAUUCUGUAGUUUAUGGGCUUUGGAGGAUAACUACAGUGUUUCAGUACCCUGUUGUCUGGGCUACUCUGUCUGGAGUAUCUGUUGCGAGCCCUUCUUCAAGUGCUCUGCCCUGAUGCUUGGUCGUCCCCCUGCGUAGCGCAGUGUGAUUGUACUGUCCCCAUAUGCAUCUUGUCUUAAUUAAUAAUACGAACGACACAGUACUUGUUCCUAAGGGAACCAAGUUAUGUUAGUAUAGCUCACCAUUGGCUCACGCGAUUCCGUGCUGUCAUUGGUUCGUUUACUUUAACUUCACAAACCAAUGGCCAUGCAGUUAACACUGCGUGAUUGUAUAAAGACUUCAGAAUCGGAGAAAAAGGAGUUUUCCCCAUAUGCAUCUUGUCUUAUUAAUAAGACAAACGACGCAGUACUCGUUCCUAAGGGAACCAAGUUAUGUUAGUAACUGAAUACGUUUUUUUUGCUAAUGCUCAUAUGUUGCCAUGGUUUUUGAUUUGCCCUCAUGUGUCUUAAUUAGCCUACCUUGUUUAGUCAUGCCCUGCGUUCUCAUCCCUAUGCCCUAAUCACUUCAAAGGGUUUACCCUCCGAAGUGAGAGCUUCGAAGGGAUGAAGGGUGUAGGGGUAAAAAACUUUGAAACAUUUGAAUGGACUGAUUAAGGUAGCUGUAGUUUUGUUCAAGUACAUUGUCGUAUGGUCAUUUUGACCAUAAUAAUGUACCAAAUCUAACUCGUAUAAAUAUUACAGUAGUAUAGAAAAAUACUAUACAUACAUGUAUAGUUAAAAUCGAACUCCAAGCCUCCUGUAUCCAUUCUGUAAUGUCAAACGACUUCCCUGUGCAAAGGAUCAUGGGGGCCCAAAGUGUCCAUCAGUUGUACCCUUCGAAAUCCUUCAUUCCGAAGGGCCCUUUGAAGUGGUUAUUUUUGAGCACUAUAUGGCGGCCAUGGUUAUUUUCACUCCAAAGUGCCCUUUAGAGGGCGAUAUAUCCCAUUUGGAACGCACCGCCAGUGUGUCCCGGUGUAUUUAUAUCCAUGUUUUUGAUUCAGUCUUUGUCUGAUCUUGUCUAUGUAACAGUGGUUGUUCUGUGUAUUGCAGUUUUUUUAUUUCGUGUUAUUUUGCACUCUAUUUAAUUAAAAAGAACUGCUUGAUCCAGCUUUUAUUUUCAUCCUUGCUGCAACUGCUGCUGACAAUGUUUAUUUAUUGAUUUUUUUUUUUUUUUUUUUUUUUUUUUUUUUACAAUAACCAUUAACCUAGUUAUUGAAAAAUAAAUAACUGCAUUUGUAAUAUCUUUUCAUUCAUAUAAAGCACGGCACCUAUUUUUCACAUAUAACUACUCGUAUAAGGGUGGAACAAAAAUUGUUUGAUUCAAAGCUGUUAUCUGCCAGUGAGUGCAAAUGCUACAGAUUUGUUUAAAUAAAAAUAAAUUUUAUGAAA